GAAAGAUAUAAGUUGGGAUUUUAUGAUCAUCUCUCAGAAAUGGUUGAAAAAGGGUGUUUGAUUUGUAAAUUUCGCGGCAGUUUUGUCUUAGAAAAUUCUACUGGCUUCCCGGUCAAUGUCGGCAUUCUCAACGGGCCGCUGCAGAAGUAAUUAUAAACCCGCUAACAGCCGAAUUCGGACUUUAAUGGCAGUCGAUGGCUCUAAGCAGGUGGGAAACUAUGACACAGCAAUUCCUCCCGACUCUCCUCUUCUUCCUCACCUUCUUCCCGUCAAUCUCCUUCUCCACAGACACCAUUACUCCAUCUCGUUUCCUCUCCGAUGGCGAAACCCUCAUCUCCUCAAACGGAACCUUCGCCCUCGGCUUCUUCACCCCUCCAAAAACCACCAACCGCUAUCUCGGGAUUUGGUACCACAAACUCGCAUCACCCACCGUCGUCUGGGUCGCCAAUCGCCGGAAUCCCAUUUCCAAUUCCAACGCAACACUCUCAAUAAGAGCCGGCGAUGCGUCUCUCCAUCUCGUAGCCUCUGAUGACUCCACCCCCCUCUGGUCUUCCCCUUCAAUCAACAAUUCCAUCCCUGAUCCCAUCGCCCAACUUCUCGAUAACGGCAAUUUUGUCGUGAAAUCGCCCAAUUCCAGCUCCAUCUUAUGGCAGAGCUUCGAUCACCCAACAGAUAUCAUGCUCCCAGGCAUGAAGAUUGGUCCUAACCUGAAAACCGGUGUCGACCGCAAUCUCGUGGCAUGGCGGAGCCUCUCCGAUCCAUCGCCGGGGACUUAUACCCUUGCGAUCGAUCCAGUCGGCGUUCCCCAGUUCGUCAUCCGCGACGUCUCGGGGAAUUGGAUCUGGCGUGGCGGACCAUGGAACGGCUUCGGUUUUUCCGGCGCCGGAUCUAAUCAAUUCUUUGACAUCGGUUUAUACAGAGAGUUCAUCUCCAGCUUUAAUACCAGUUCGGAUGAGAUCUACUACCAGUUCAACAUGGUAGGAGACGCCAUUUCUAUUUUGACAAUGGAUCAAAACGGAUCAACCAGCCGUUACGGAUGGGAAGCGUCGUCACAGAAUUGGAGUCUCUACUGGUUCGCACCAAACGACACUUGCGACUUCUUUUCAACAUGCGGAAUCAACGCCAUCUGUGAUACGAGCAGCUCGCCGAUCUGCCGGUGUAUUGAUGGGUUUAAUCCGGCGAAUACGGCGAGUUGGCGCCGGGGAGAUUGGUCAGAUGGGUGUGUGAGAACGGCGAACCUUGGCUGCGAGGCGAAUGGAACCGAUGAGUUCAUGGUAGUUCGCGGUUCGAAGCUGCCGGACACGAAGGCCGCGGUGGCGGAUAUGAGCUUGGACAUAGAUGGGUGUAAGGCAAGGUGUUUGAUGAAUUGCUCCUGUAAGGCUUAUGCGAGCGCUGAUCUUAGCAGAGGAGGAAAUGGGUGCUAUAUCUGGAUGGCGGAGAUUAAAGAUCUCAAAGUUUAUGCAGACGGCGGGCAGGAUCUUUACGUCCGUGUUGCACCUAGCGGUGAAGGAAGCAAGAACAAGGCGUGGGUUUAUGCCAUCACAGCAGUAGCUAUUGCUUUGUUCCUUCUGAUAAUUUUGAUUUGCGUCUUUAUGAUAAGGAGACGGAAACUCAGAAAACUUUUGGAGGAACAAUCGAUUUCCUCUCUAAAUUGGGAGGAUGAAAUUGUACAUAAAGGUAAAGAAGGGAAUUCAACAAUAUCAUUGUUUAAAUUUACUCAAAUAGUGAGUGCUACAGACAACUUUUCAAAUUUUAACAAGCUUGGAGAAGGUGGUUUUGGGCCUGUUUAUAAGGGAAAAUUACCAGAGGGACAAGAUGUAGCGGUCAAAAGGCUAUCUACAAGAUCAGGGCAAGGAUUAGAGGAGUUCAAAAAUGAGAUUUUGUUAAUUGCUAAACUGCAACAUAUGAAUUUAGUAAGAUUAUUAGGUUGUUGUAUUCAUGGCGAAGAGAAGAUGCUGAUAUAUGAGUUCAUGCCUAACAAAAGCUUGGAUCUCUUUCUUUUUGAUGCUAGCCAAAGAUCAAGAUUAGAUUGGAGAAGGCGUUUUCAAAUAAUAGAAGGAAUAACUCAGGGGCUUCUUUAUCUUCAUAAACACUCCAGAUUAAAAAUCAUUCAUCGAGACUUGAAGGCAAGCAACAUUCUAUUGGACGCUGAUAUGAACCCUAAAAUCUCAGAUUUUGGCAUGGCAAGGAUUUUUGAUGCUAAUGAAACUCAAGCAAAUACUCGAAGGAUUGUCGGCACUUAUGGUUACAUGUCUCCAGAAUAUGCUUUCAAGGGUCUCUUCUCCGUCAAGUCGGAUGUAUUUAGCUUUGGAGUACUCCUUCUUGAGAUUUUGAGUGGGAAGAGAAAUGCUGGUUUUCAUGACUUUGGUUCUUCCUACAAUCUUCUUGCAUAUGCUUGGGAAUUAUGGAAAGAAGGGAAGUGGAUGGAAUUUGUUGAUCCUGCAUUGGAUAACCAAUUUGGGCAUGAGGUGACGAGGUGCAUCUAUGUGGCGCUUCUAUGCGUGCAAGAGAGCCCGGAAGAUCGCCCGAUUAUGUCGGAUGUUGCCACGAUGCUUAGCAGUGUAAGUUUACAGUUUGGUAGUGUUAAGCAACCUGCAUUUUUCUCUAUGAAAGAUGCUUCAGACUCUAAGUUGCCAUUAAAUAUGCAUGUAAAUUCUUCUUCUAAUGAGCUCUCAGUUACCCUUGUGUCCGGCCGAUAACACUAGCUAAUUUAUUUGUUUUUUUGUAAAUCUGACAAUUUAGAUUGAAAAAUAUGUAAAAAUACAAGUGUAUAUACAAUUGUCUGAGUUAGCAGAGGUUAUAUUGAGUAAAGCUUUUGUAAUUGUAGUUUGAGUUGAAUUACUUAGAAAAUGGAAAAAAUAGGGUUCAAUGAUUGAGAGCUUAAUUGGCUUUGUAUUUAGGAGAAAUGUUAAUUGAAGGAGCAUGUG